AUGCCACUCGAGUCAGUAAAAGACAACGUGCAACGCAAGGACAUCGAAUAUGUCAGGCCAUCGUCGGGCGAGAGACAGACAUGGAGGUCAUAUCUAUGGGAUUCUUGGGACAAAUCGCCAGAGGAGAGAAGAUUGAUAUUCAAGAAGCUUGACCUGACUUUGAUGAGCUUUGGAUGUCUAGGAACAUUCAUCAAAUACAUUGACCGCUCAAACUUGAAUUCAGCAUUUGUUUCCGGAAUGAAGGAAGAUUUAUCGCUUUAUGGCAAUGAACUCAAUUAUGCAAACACAGCUUUUGCUGUCGCGAAUAUCCUAGGACUAUGGCCUUGCAAUCUUCUACUCACGCGCUCAAAUCCGAAAUGGUUUAUUCCCAUGCUCGAAAUAGGAUGGACAUUGUGCACUUUCGUCCAGGCAGCCAUGUCCAAACCUAUCCACAUGUAUGUCCUACGGUUCAUACUCGGACUCUUUGAGACAGGACAUUACUCGGCUGUUGUAUACCUCUGUGGUGGAUGGUAUCAGAAGACAGAGCUUGCUCGACGGCUUGCCAUAAUCAAUUGCGCUACAGCUAUUGGUCCAAUGUUCAGUUCCUACCUGCAAGCGGCUGCUUAUACAGGGUUGAAUGGUGUCCAUGGCAUGGCAGGCUGGCAGUGGCUGUUCAUCAUAGAUGGCGUUAUCUCGGUCGGAAUCAUCAUUCCGCAGAUCUUCUUUUUCCCUGACGUCCCGGCUCGACAAAAGCCGGACUUCGUUUUUACGGAGAAGGAGAUUGAGCUGGCCAGAGACCGAAACCCGAAGGAAGGCAGAGUUAAGCAAGGUAAAUUUACUUGGGCGCAGGUCAAACGCUGGCUUUUGACUCCGGAUAUAUGGAUGCUCUGGGUAAUUUCGAUUUGCAACUCUGUCGGCCAGCAAGUUGCUCCCUCCAUGUCUUUUUGGCUGAAAGCGUGGAAUACCAUCGAGCCUAACUCUUACUCAGUUGCUCAAAUCAAUAACUACACAACACCAAUUCAAGCCGUGAUCAUUGUCGUUACGUUGUUUAUGUGCUGGUCCAGUGAUACUUGGCUCAAAGGCAGACGAUGGCCGAUGCUUGUUCUAGGUGGUGUCCAAAAUGCAGUUGUUUGCCUCAUCUUGGCCGGCACUCCAGUCUUCCCUAGGAAUCGUGCGUUCCGAUGGUUCCUCUAUUACAACUGCGGAUGGGCUCAAGCUAGUAACAGUAUGUUCUGGGCUUGGACACAGGAUACUCUAGCAGGCGAUCCAGGCCUUCGGGCCUGGGGCUCUGCAGGUCUCAACGUGUGGGCAUGGACUGCAAUUGCAACAAUUCCCCUUGGUGCCUUCAAGACUACGGAUCAGCCUGCGGUGAUUGUUGGAAACUACACCGCUGCAGGUUUCUUGUUCUUGCUCGCCGGCACGGCUAUAGCAUUGGCAUACAUCCAGCAUAAAAGGACACAGAAAUAUCCAGGCUAUGAAGUGGGCGUGUCCGCAGCCCAAAGGGGCCGAGAGAAUUCUGGGGGUGUUGAAGAAGCGGCAGUGGAGACCGUCCCAGUUAGUUUGAGCAAGGUUUAG